CCCCGAAUCCAUCAUCACACACUACAUAGUCUACAUAUACACACAAUCAUCUCAGCUGAAAUCAGUCAAGCUUUUUUCCUCAGAGUAAUCGCCAUGUUUGCUAAACGCCUAAUUCAAAAAGCUACACAAACGCUUCAUCUUCCUCAUCAUUCUCCUCAGCACAAUUUGAGCUCCGUGACAGCAGCUGACUUGGAUUUUCAAGUAUCAGUUCACUAUGGUAUCCCAUCUACUGCAUCAAUCAUGUCUUUUGAUCCUAUUCAGCGUCUAUUGGCCAUUGGAACACUGGAUGGUAGAAUCAAAGUAAUUGGCGGUGAUAAUAUUGAAGGACUCUUGAUUUCACGUAAACAGUUGCCUUACAAAUACUUGGAGUUUCUAGUCAACCAAGGUUAUUUAGUCAGCAUCUCCAAAGACAAUGAUAUCCAGGUGUGGAAUCUGGAGAGCAGGUGCAUAGCGUGCACUUUGCAAUGGGAAGCCAACAUCACAGCGUUUUCUGUAAUAAAGGGCUCCUGCUUCAUGUAUGUAGGAGAUGAGAAUGGUCUAAUAUCUGUACUUAAAUAUGAAGCUGACGAUGAAGAACUUUUGGUAUUGCCAUAUCAAGUUUCUGCAGAUUCUCUUGCUGAAUCAGCUGGAUCUUCAUUUCCUGAUAACCCAACCAUUGUUGGAGUCCUUCCCCAACCUUGCUCUUCUGGAAAUAGAGUUCUCAUUGCUUAUGAUUGCGGAUUAAUUAUUCUUUGGGAUGUUGUUGAAGCUCGGGUUGUUAUGGUUAGAGGUGAUAAGGUUCUUGAUUUAAAGGAUGGAGAUGUUAAUUCUCAUACUGCAGCCGGUACCAUUCAGACAGAUAACAAUGUUCAGAAUAUGGAGGACAAAGAAAUAAGUGCUAGUUGUUGGGCAUCUUCAAAUGGGUCCAUACUAGCUGUUGGCUACAUAGAUGGAGAUAUAUUAUUUUGGAAGACAUCAAAUUCUAGCUCUACUAAAGUUGACCAAGGUGGAAAGUCAAGUAAUAAUGUCGUGAGACUGCAGUUAUCUUCUGCGGAAAAAAGGCUCCCUGUUGUUGUUUUGCACUGGUCUUCAAACAAUAGUGCACAAAAUGAUGUUGAUGGUCAUCUCUUUGUCUACGGUGGUGAUGAGAUAGGGUCUGAUGAAGUUCUAACGGUGUUGAGUCUUGUCUGGUCUCCUGGGAUGGAUACUUUAAGAUGUACUGGUCGUUCUGAUCUCCAGCUUAGCGGCUCAUUUGCCGAUAUGAUUUUGCUACCAAGUGCUGGAGAAUUUAUUAUUAGUCAUAAUGCAGCUCUGUUUGUAUUGACAAAUCCUGGACAGCUUAAUUAUUAUGAUCAUGAUAGUUUGUCUGGCAUAGCAAAUCAACAUGACAAGAGAGUAUCUAUAGCUUCUGCAGAAUAUCCUAUGGUUGUACCUAUAGUUAAUCCAGUCAUGACUGCUGCGAAGCUCAUCUCAUUAUCUGCAAGUGAAAACUCAUCAAAGACUCCGUUUGAGAUACUGAAGCACCUCAGAAAAUGUUCACCACCAAACCUGGUUGAUGGCAUCAAGUGGCCCAUGACUGGAGGCAUAGUCAAUCAAUUAAAUAAUGACGAGGACAGGGUCGGGAGACUUUAUGUUGCGGGUUAUGAAAAUGGAUCUGUUCGUAUAUGGGAUGCCACUUAUCCAGUCUUAUCUCUUCUUUGUGUUUUAGAAGGCGAGGUAAAAGGUGUAGAAGUUACUGGUUCAAGCUCAUCUGUCUUAAAGCUGGAUUUCUGCUCCCUGACUUUUUGUUUAGCAGUCGGCAACAAAUCUGGACUCGUUCGUCUAUACUGUCUCGAUGGCAGUUUAAAUGAGUCAAGCUGCUGCCUUGUUACUGAAACGAAAUCUGAAGCUUAUAGUCUUACAAAAGGUGAAGGAUUGAAUUGUAGAGCUAUUUUUGGCCUACUACAGUCUCCAGUACUGGCUCUUCAAUUUGCAAGCAAGGGAGCGAAGCUUGCCGUUGGAUAUGAAUGUGGUCGUGUUGCUGUGAUUGAUACGAGCUCAUUAUCAGUUUCUUUCUUGGCUGACUGUCUGUCGCAACCUAGCUCUCCUGUCUUAGCAUUGACCUGGGAAACUUUAAGACAAACUGAUGAUCAUAUUAAAAGUCCCAGAAAUUCAGAAUCAAAAAUUGUAGGAAAGAUAGUAGAGCUAUCAUUAUAUGCACUAACAAAAGAUGCAAAGAUAUAUGUCAUUAAUGGUGGCAUAGGUAGCUUGAUCAGCCCUAAACCGCUGCACUUGGAUUCAACAGUGAUUUCCAUGUACGUUAUAGAUGGAAACAUUACUUUAUCUGAGAAAUUGACGCAAAUUCAAGAAGAUGUUAUGGAUGCUGCAGGAGAGGAUGAACCUUCUCAGGAUACUACUUCUAGUGAAAUUGAUCACCUUAAGCCUGACAAUCACUCUCAGAAUAGUUCAGUUGUUCCACUAGUUCUACUUUGUUGCAAGGAUGCCUUGCUUUUGUAUCAUACGAAAUCUGUGGUUAAGGGAAAGAAUAAACCUAUUAGAAAAAUGAAACUAGCAAAUACUUGCUGCUGGACUACAACUUUCAAGAAAUUCGGUAAACUUUGUGGAAUAUUGUUACUCUACCAAACUGGAGAAAUUGAAGUCAGAACAUUAUCUGAUCUGGAACUGGUAGAAAAGACUUCCUUAACGGCAAUUUUAAGUUGGAAUUUCAAGGCGAACAUGGAUAGGACAAUGAGUUCUACAGAAAAUGGGGAGAUCUCUUUGGCAAGUGGGUGUGAGAUUGCUUUCAUCUCUCUGUUAACCAGUGAAAAAAAUUUCAGGAUUCCUGAAUCUUUGCCUUGUCUUCAUGAUAAAGUAGUUGCAGCUGCAGCAGAGGCUGCCUUUAACUUCUCGCUAGAUCAUAAGAAAAGAAAGGGUACUGCACCUGGAAUCUUAGGCGGUAUUGUAAAGGGCCUUAAAGGGGGGAAAGUGAGCAAUGCUACAGAUCUAGUUGCCAACUCCAAAUCCAAUCUUAACCAACUUGAGCAGAUCUUUAAGAGGAACCCAUUCCCAGAACCUGUUAUAUUUAAUGAAAAAGAUGACCAGAUAAUUGUUGACGAACUUGAUAUAGAUGACAUUCAUAUUGAUGAGCCUGCAUCAGUGCCUUCUACCUCAGCCCCUAAUGUACAAAAAAAAAGGGGAAGUGAAAGAGAACAACUGUUUGAUGGCGAGGCUGCUAUUGAGAAGCCCAGACUUAGAACACGUGAAGAAAUUCUAGCAACAUAUAGAAAGGAUGCCUCUUCAGUUGCUGGACAAGCAAGAGACAAGCUUCUAGAACGCCAGGAAAAGCUUGAGAGAAUUAGUAGAAAUACUGAAGAACUGCGUAAUGGAGCAGAAGACUUUGCAUCAUUAGCUAAUGAGCUUGUUAAACAAAUGGAAGGUCGCAAGUGGUGGCAAAUAUGAACCUAUGUUGUAUGGUUCGCACCUAGUUGAAUUCUUUGUACAACUCUCCCAAAUGUUUAGAAGAUGGAUACAAUUCCAGUGUAGUUUCCUCAAUAGAGUUUAUGUAUAUGUAAUUGAUAUAUGGGAAUAAAGUUUAGCGGAACAUAGUUUUAACCACUGGUGAAAGUAAUACGUGGGGAAUUUCUUAA